AUGCGCGUCCUGGCUUCGCCAUCCGCCGUCUCGAACGCGCGCGCCACCCCGCGCGCGGUGCGGCGCGCGCCCACGGUCCUCGCGACCGCGCGCUCCCAUCCCGACGCCCGCGAGCGGACCACCGCGCUGCCGAUCGCCGGGGUAGUCGCGGCAAUCACCGUGGCGCUGGUGUCUCCCGCGCUCGCCCUAGGCGGCGUCGCGUCCCCGCCCCCGCCCGAGCUCAACUCCGGGAGCAACUCGUACAUCCAGGGCCUGCUCGCCAAGACGGAGGCGAACAAGGAGCUUCGGAAGGUGGAGAUGGAGAACUCGAACUGCCUCAAGCAGUCCAGGCUGGGCAUCGGAGACUGCGCCGGACUGCCCGAGGAGGAGCUGCGGGCCGCGAUGGAGCUCAGCAAGCGAAGGGUGGAGGCGAGGAUCGCGGCGGAGGCGGCAGUCGCGGCGGAGGCGGCCGCGGACGCGGUCGCGGCGGAGGUCAGGGAGCAAGGCGACUGGAGCGAAGUCGUCCUCGAGUAA